AUGAGAGUUCCCUCUGUCAGCGUAACGUCAGCCUUUCCAGGCUUGACGCCUGCUCUGUUGGCAAAGUACACAAAACUCGAGGAGUACAUCCGCGCCACCAACCCAGCCCCCAACGGCUCCAAAGACCUAUCUGAAGUUCUCAAAGGCGACAUCAUAUGCCUAGAGGGCUCACCGUGCAGAAUUUCAGGCGUUAGCUCCACAGGGAGGCUCACAAUAAUCGAAGGAGCCAGCCUCAUUGACGAUAUGCCAUACGCUGCCAGGUUCAACCACUGCUACGGAGUCACCGUAAGCACCUUCUCAGGACAACCAGAACUCUCGCAAUGCCUAGUCUACGGAAUUCGAGAAAACAGAAGGGGGACUAUCAUGGAGCUCGCUUUCACCUACCGUGAAGCCGAAACCACGUUUGAGAUGCAGAUUCCGGACAACGAACUGGGCGAAAGCGCCUAUCGACAGUAUGAAUACACGCUCAGCCGCCCUUCUGUCUGGGCCGUCGUGUUGGUAUCGAGCUGGGGCGAGCAGAAGAAGCUUCUUGGGUUCCGGCUGAACGUCGAGCGAACCUGGCAUGUUGCGCCCGGAUCGAGCCACUGGUGCGAAGACUGCGUUGCUCCGUGUGGGUUUUUGUAG